UUUUCAUGUUUUUUUUGUUGUUCCGAGAUAAAAAUCACGAUUCGGAGAACUUUGACUACCAACAAAUAAUUUAGCAAGAACAAACGGAACAAUUAUUUUGCACGAAAUGCCAACUUUGUUAAGAAAUGGCAUUUUUGGAAAAAGAGAGAGCGAAAGAGAGACAGGGAGAGAGGGAAGAGAGAUAGAGACAGAAAAGGAAAAAAUUUAAGGGAGAUAGAAAUAAAAAGAAAAGAAGGGAGAUACAGAAGCAGAGAAGAACAAAAAUGUAUAAAAAAAAAACAUCCAAAUAUUCGACCAACUCUCCAAGCUUGAACCGACACAUACACACAAUGUUUUUGUUCAGAUGAAAUUAUGAUGUACUAAAACACCUUGUUUAUGUGAUAUAUAUUUUCCGAACUCAAAACAAAAGAUACACGAUACUAACUAUAUGGAGCAAAGGCAACGGAAAUGAACUGUACUUCGCAUAGAAAGAAAGUGUACGCCGAAAUUAUCUUAAAAUAAAACACAUGUACUACAUUGAUUUGCAUCUACGGUCUUUGGCUAGAGAAGAAGCAAGCGAGGGAGAGAAAGAAGAAGCGCGAGGGACAGAGAGAGAGAGAGAGAGGGAGUUCGCUAGAUAGAAAACUGGAGAAAAGAGAAAGAAGAUAGCAAAAACCAAAAAGAAGUUGUAUCUCGGUUCGAAUGCAGAAAGAGAAAGAGAUUCUCGAUUUCGCUGGAUAUAUCAAAUGGCAAUGCCGUUUGCUAUAAGACAAAAACAAAUCACUGCCGUUCGGCGUUUUCGAACUGACGUUGAAACAAGAGAAAAAAAAAACACACUAAUCAUAAACAGCACAUGUGUUUUACAUAUCUUACAAGCGGUCGGUUUGUUCGUAUAAAUAUAGACUGUGCACAGUCUGCGUGAAAUGGGUGUGAUUUAUGGAUAAGGCUGUAUGUUUACUUUGUAUGGAUCAACAGUUAGACACACACAAACACACACACACAUUCACAGGAAGAGACAGACUCCCUGCCACAAUGUAUACAAUUUGAUCCGUGAUUUUUAGAUCAACAACGGCGAAGAAGAAGCGAACAGAGAAAAAAAAACGACCGAAUCAUGUCAUCGAUUUUCGAAGAGAAGUAAAAGUUUUCCUUUAUCAGAAUAUUAAAAAGUUUCUGACAUGAACAAACUGUCAAACUACCUUCUCUUAGCUACUCGCUGCUCAUUUUGUGUUAGCACAUCUAAAAAUAAUUCAUGAAUUUUCAUUUAUAAUGAGUGCUGUUGCGCUCGCAUAGACCACAUCAAAUUAAUUUUCCAUACACAACAUAUGCAAGUGAGAGAACAGAAGCAACGAAACGGCACAGCGUGAGACAUAACAAAUGAGAAGAAGAAAAAUAUUUCGGAAAAAACAUCAUACAUACGCGCUAUAGGCGCACACACACAUACAGCGAGAAAGACCGAAAAAUGAUCUUAUUUAAAGAGAAGCUGCAAUCAGUUUACAAACGUAAACCAAGUCAAUCGGUUAGUUUUCAGCGGAAAGUCGGCUUAAAUCGUCACAUCAAAACAAUUUGUUUGUUUGUUUUGGUUCUUUAUUUUUGCAGGAAUAUUCUCCAGUUUUGAAGAUAGAUUCCGUUUUCAGCUGGAUAAUUCUGAUUUAAAUUGGAGUAAAUUUUGUUCCAGUUUUUCCCUUGAAAAAAAUCAUUGGCAGCAUUUUUUUGUUAGUUUUCAUUUUUCUUUCAUUUCAUCGAUUUUCAAAGUCGGCACAAUUCCAUUGGAAUAACUCUUUUGUGCUAAAAUUAAAUCAUUUUUUUUUCUUGAAUGAGUGAAAUAUUGAAAAGUUUUUUUUGUGAAAAUAAUGAUUUGGCCAAUUUCAAGUGUAACAUUUAUUGAAAUUGACUGAAGUGGAACAAAAAGGUUGCUGAAUAAAGAAGAUAUACGCGUUUACAUGUAAACAGAUACACAGGAUUCAAUUUGUUAUAUAUAUGUAUAUAUAUUGUCGUGCGAUGUUGCUUCUCUCGCUCUCUCACUCUCAAUGACGAGGGAAUAUAAAUAAAUAUAGCAUAUAUGUGCGAUACGUGUCGUGUUUUGAUUCAUUGAAAAAAAAAUUUGUCAAAACUGAAUAGAGUAUGUUAGUUUCAGCGUUGUAAAUUCUUGUGCUUGUGAAAACAAAGACGAAUACACACGCACGCACACACACACACAUAUUCUGAUUUUCGAAACAAUAAAAAUCGAGUCAAAAUUGAGCGCAGCCAAAAAUAUAUAAGUUUCUCUGGUGACCCAUAAAAUUGCUGAGUUUGCCACAAAAGUUGAUAAAAAAAAAACGGAGAAAAGGGAAAAUGAAACCGCCACAAAAAGAGCUGAUCGCUGAUGGGAAUAGGCAAAAACCUCCACGGUCCAAAUCGGUGCCGAGCACAACAUCAUCGGAUGCGUGCACAUUGUUGGGCGAUGUUGACGAUGAAAUCAGCACAUCGGCCAGUGAAUCGUAUCCACAAGAAGAGUCGAGCUCAAAUGAAGAUUCGAUUUUGUUCAUCGAUCAAGACGAUGAGGCCGACAAAUGUUUUGUGAAAGAUAAAUCACACGAAAAUGAAUCGUUAACGACGUCAGUGUCGGACAAUACAUUUUACGAUACUGACGGUGCAAGUAAUUUUUUAAAACGAUCACAACGUCAUUGCAAUGAUUCGAAUGUAGCUCGAAUGAUUGGUCGCAAAAUUGAUGAACACGAUUACGCGCACACAUUUCUAAUGUCCGACUGGGCAUCGACGACGGCUGAAGACACUUCAUUUUAUGAUGAUCGAAGUAGUGCGCUCAAAUCACUAGUUGGCUCCGAAUUUCGUUCUCCGAUCACUUCGAAUAAAUCGAGUCGCGAUAAUUCAACGUGUUGUGAUGAGGAUUUCACUUGGGUGUGCAAUCAAAAGGAAAAAAUUGAAAUGAGCCCCACACAAAAUGCACACCCAUCAAAGGCGACUGUGAAGCAUUCCGCAGGAAAUACAGAUGAUGCCGAUGGAAAAAAUAGUAACCAAAAACGUGGCAGACAUUUGAGACCGUCGGGUAGCUUAGACCGGCGCCGCAUUCACAGUCGAAAUCGACAAGAACGGGAUAGCAAAAGUCGUAGUGCACAUUCGCUGCAGGAAUCAUCGGCCACAUCGACUACUGACUAUGCAUCGCCUGAACAUAUUUCUGGAUUCCAUCGUCCAAAACGCACCGACUUUAUUCCAAAAUAUCACAACAAACAUCAUCCACACAUGGCACACUACAAUGCACAUCGUCCAAAAAUGCCACCACCAAUAUUUUGGGAGCGUCCAUACUUUCCGAGCUGGGAUUCAAACGUACAUUAUGCCAACUAUCAUACACAAGAUGACAAUUAUUACGAUGAGUACUACAAUCAUCGAGCGGCGCACAAUGACUGUUGUCGCUAUGACAGUGACACCAACAUAAAUAUCAACAAGCCGAAAUUAAUGUCACCGCCACCUGCAUCACCAUCCAAUUAUGGUGCCUAUUGUUCAAAUCGUUUUUAUACAAAACCAACACUCAUCCAACAACAACAACAACAACACCAACAUCAGCAUCAACAGCAACCACACCAAUGCUACUCAUGCGAACGAUCAACAUCGUCAAUUGCCAUACCAAAUGCGGCUACUUCACAAUUCAAUAAGCGUCAGUCCGAGGGUUCGGAUGAACGGUUACGUCUUCUACAAAAUGACAAGGAAUUGUUGGCUCAUCAAGUGCACAUGCUCAGCGAACAGGUUUCCGCACAAAAUGAAAAAAUCAAUGAUUUGGAGCGAUUGAUAACCGACAAAGCACAGCAUGUAUCCACCACCGAAGAUUUGCUGCAAAGAGUAUGUAAAAAAAAUUGAAAUGGAAAUUGUAUU